AACGGGAGUUGUUUUUCCUCUUUUGGAUCUACCUGGGCGACUGGUCCAGCUAGCUAAUGCUAUUGUCCUUUUUGUGUUCGUAAACGUUUCGUGAAUUUAAAAAGUAAAGAAAAUUAGAAGAUGGCGGACACUGGAAACAGGCUGCGUAAACAACUCGAAUCGGCAAAUUUCGAUCCACAGAAUUAUGUCAAGCAUCUGUCGCAGCAGUCCGAUGGCGAUAGAGACCUGCAGGAACACCGUCAAAAAAUCCAAACGCUGGCAGACGAAACUGCGCAAAAUUUAAAGAAAAACGUCUAUAAGAAUUACAGACAGUUCAUCGAGACUGCCAAAGAAAUUUCGUAUUUAGAGAGUGAGAUGUACCAGUUGAGUCACAUUUUGACGGAACAGAAAAGUAUAAUGGAAAGCAUAACUCAGUCUUUGCUUUCAACAGAUAAAGAUGAAACUGCAAAAGAGAUGUUGGCAGCCUUCCCAAAGGAAACAGAAGAAGUCAAACAGAGAACACUAACAACAUUGCUGGAGAAAGUGGAGGGAUGUAAAAAUAUAAUGGAGACCCCUGGCAGAUAUUUGGUGUACAAUGGAGACUUAUUCGAAUAUGACGUUGAUCAUAUGGCACAGAUCCAAAAGGUCCAUGCCUUUCUGAUGAAUGACUGCCUUCUUAUUGCCACCUGGCUACCCAACCGCCGUGGUGCUGUUAAAUAUAUGUACAAUGCACUGUAUGACUUGGAGAGCUUUGCGAUUGUUAAUGUGAAGGACAACCCUCCAAUGAAAGACAUGUUCAAAAUCCUGAUGUUCCCAGAAAGCCGCAUUUUCCAGGCAGAGAAUAGUAAGAUAAAGAAAGAAUGGCUUGAGAUUCUUGAUGAAACUAAGAAGAAUAAAGUUGUUAAGGAGAAACAUAAGAAAGAAGAGGAAGUGCCAAAUUCACCUGUGAGAACUGAGGUUUCUAAUAACCCCUUUGAUGAAGAAGAGCCCGUAGAAUCUGAGGAAGUGGUAGAUUUGAGCAUGGAGUGGAUUCAAGAGCUUCCAGAGGAUUUGGAUGUGUGCAUUGCUCAGAGGGACUUUGAGGGUGCUGUUGACCUCCUGGACAAACUUAAUGAAUACCUGAAGGAGCAGCCUGUGAGUCAACGGGUGAAGGAAUUGAGGGGGAAGGUGGAUGAGCGUGUGCGUCAGCUGACGGAGGUGCUGGUGUUUGAGCUUUCUCCUGAUCGUUCACUGCGGGGGGGUCCCAAGGCCACUCGUCGGGCGGUUUCUCAGUUGAUCAGGCUUGGCCAGUCCACCAAAGCCUGUGAGCUCUUCCUGAAGAACCGAGCAGCAGCGGUCCAGACCGCCAUCCGCCAGCUGCGCAUCGAGGGGGCGACUCUGCUCUAUAUCCACAAGCUCUGCAACAUUUUCUUCACGAGCCUGUUGGAGACCGCCAAGGAGUUCGAGACAGACUUUGCUGGCAACAAUGGCUGUUACUCUGCCUUUGUGGUCUGGUCCCGGUCAGCCAUGAAGAUGUUUGUAGAUGCCUUCAGCAAACAAGUGUUUGACAGCAAGGAGAGCCUGUCCACAGCUGCGGAGUGUGUCAAGGUGGCCAAAGAGCAUUGUAAACAACUCAGUGAGAUUGGCCUGGAUCUCACUUUUACACUGCAGUCCCUGCUGGUCAAGGACAUCAAGGCUGCCCUUCAAAGCUACAAGGAGAUCAUUAUUGAGGCCACCAAGCACCGCAACUCAGAGGAGAUGUGGCGCAGGAUGAAUCUAAUGACCCCUGAGGCAUUGGCUAAGCUGAAGGAUGAGAUGCGUUCAUGCGGUAUGGGUAACUUUGAGCAAUACACAGGGGAUGACUGCUGGGUGAACCUUAGCUACACCGUCGUGGCUUUCACAAAGCAGAUGAUGGGCUUUCUGGAAGAAGGCCUGAAGCUGUACUUUCCUGAGCUGCACAUGGUGCUUCUGGAGAGUCUGCGAGAGGUUAUUUUGGAGGCCUUGCAGCACGUAGACUACAGCUUGCGGUGUGAGCAGGAUGCUGAGAAGAAGGCUUUCAUUCUGAAGAAUGCCUCUUUCUUGCAUGAAACCGUGCUUCCUGUGGUGGAGAAGAGGUUUGAGGAAGGAGUGGGCAAGCCUGCCAAGCAGCUGCAAGAUCUGAGGAAAAGUUCUCGGCCAAUGCGUGUCAACCCUGACAGCACUAUGUCCUUAGUUUAGGAGUAGGGAAGGUGUACUGUUAUGCAAAUAUCAGUGUAACUCAAGGACUUGAAUUAUUACUACUGGUGUGGGACAAAACAUGUUUGUUUUUUCAUUGUAUGGCAAUUUUUUUGUAAAUUAUGUUAAAUGCAAUCCAUUCAAAUGUUACUGUUCUCAUUUUGAAUUUUAUAUAAUUUAAUAUUUACAGUAGAAUUAAAAAACGAAUAGCAGGAGAGAGCAGAGAAGUUGGAGUAAAAAAUACAUAUGUGCAAAGAUCUAAUAUCCAAUAUGCUUGUUUUAAAAUAUGACCAUCUUAGCAUGCCCUGAUGGCAUUUUCUGUGCUUUCAGGGAUGAGGGGGGAUUUUUGAUUAUAUUUCACGCCUUGGAAAGGUUCCACAUGCCAAUGAAACCAACACAUUUCAAAUGAAACGUAUUGCUAGCUGUGUGGCUAUUAACAGAAUUAUGCUAGUAUCCGGAACAUUCUCUUCAGUUUUAACUGCUUUGUGACACUAGACUUUAAAUGUAUAUACAAAAGAAAAUGAUCUCACAACAGUGUGACUGUAUCUUGUAUUAAAAAUAAACAAUUUAAGAAAAUGUA